GUUCAUAAGUGGUCUCCUCCGUCAAUGGCGAAGCUGAAGACGGAUUCUCCUCUCUCUCGUCGCAUAGUCCUCUCCUUCUUGCGCUUUCUAGAUUCUGUUGAACCUGCUUCUGGAGUUGAUGAUGAAGGACUUGAGGUUGUUAAGCAAUGUCUAUCAGAGGCCUUUAAGAUUGAUCCAUUAUCGGCUGGUUAUGCCUCAAGUUCAGAUUCCUUAGUGGACAUAUUCAGUUCACAAGAAGCGAUUGAGCAAAGCCAAAUAAAUUUAGAUCUCAGGCGUGAUGUAUCUUCAUCAGAUGAUCCUUGUUCAUCAUCAGGACAGAAGGUAGCAGAUGCUAAAGAUACAGAUGGAUCUCAGUUUCUGGCUGAAGAACGGAUAAAAGAAGCUCCCACUUUUGGUAUAUCCAAGGAUGAGCUCUUUGGGCAGUUUUUUGAUGCCCUUGAAAAAGCUCACUAUUUCAGAAGCUUGCCAGAUGGAAAAGAUGAUCAGGCUCAGCUGGAUAGAGCAUCAAGGGUGUUUCACACUGCUUUGGAGGAAAUGCAAAAAUCAGGAUGUGCUAUGUUAAAUCGAAACAACCUCGCUGAGACCUUAAAAUCACAAGGUAAUAAAGCCAUGCAGUCAAAGCUUUACUCUGAUGCUAUUGAGCUGUAUACUUUUGCAAUUGCACUUUGUGAAGAUAAUGCAGUUUACUAUUGCAACAGGGCAGCUGCUUUAACCCAAAUCCACGAAUACGAAGCAGCAGUUCAGGACUGCCUAAAGUCUACUGCAAUCAACCCCAAUUAUAGCAAGGCGUAUAGUAGAUUGGGUUUUGUCUAUUAUGCUCAAGGGAAGUACCGUGAUGCCAUAGAUAAGGGAUUCACAAAAGCAUUGCAGUUGGAUCCUAACAAUGAUUCUAUCAAAGAAAAUAUACGGGUAGCAGAACAGAAGUUAAAAGAAGAGCAACAGAAGAGGGAGCAUGAUCAGAGCUCAACCUCUGGGAGUCAUGGACAAGAAUCAAAUCAGCAGCCUGCUGGUGCAUCUAGAAGUCAUGCCAUGCCUCCACCAUUUGCAUCAAUGUCAUUCGAUGGCAAUGGCAUUUCUGGCAUUCCUGAUUUGACUAACGUGUUUAUGAACAUGACAAGAGAUGCAUUUCAAGGGCAGCAUGGUCCAAACGGGUCUGAAGGAAGCAGCGACAGUGAUUCAACUAAUGAGCCCGGAAUAAGAUUAGGCAGGAACAUCAAUGUCAAUUUUGGUGAACAGAUGCCUGAAGAAUUGACUGGGGCCUUGAGGUCUGUUAUGGAGAUGUUUUCAGGAGCACAACCUCCCAGGAAUCCUCAGGACAGUACGAAUGGAAGGUCAACACCAAAUUGAAGCAAUUAAUUGUUGAGAGCCUCAUUCUUGAGUUGAUAACAUCUCCACCCUUUUACAAGUUUCUUUUUGGUGAAUGCACUCUUGCAUUUGAAUUGAUAAUUUUCCCCCCAAGUUGAUGUUGUAAAUCCAAGAUCUAAAACUCUCAGGUUUGCAGUGUAAACUUAUGUUGAUGCUUUUGUUUUUGCAAUUUCUUUAUGUAGAGGAUUAUAUUGCCAGAAAACAUAGUUAUCAAAAAGCUUCAAAAUGGCCUUUCUGCAGUUAACAUCUUGAGGUUCAAAUA